ACGAUUAGAGGAAUCCGUGAUUAGUAGUACUAGACAUUUUCAAUUCGGCCUCUUUGCCAAACCCCAAAAGGAACAAGGAAUGCCCAAGACAGAGCAGCCGGCGGUGGGAGUUCCAUACCAUGUGGGGAUAAAUCCGUACCAGGCGGGAAUGAUACCGCCGAACGCCAUAUACGGUGAUCCCAAGGGAAUUCCGAUUCAGCAAACCAUGUAUCGGGAUACCCCUGCUCCUUUUAACUGCCCAUUUUGUGGUAAUUCCGGACUCACUCUGGUCAGAUCUAAACCUAGCCUGGCAGCGGUUGUUGGAUGCAUGAUGCCAUUUAUGCUUGGAAUCUGCUUCCUUUGCCCUUCAAUGGACUGCCUUUGGCAUAAGUAUCAUUAUUGCCCCAAAUGCACUGAACAGGUUGCUAAUUUCGAGAAAUCAGAUCCGUGCGCGGUGGUGGACAUGCCGCAAUGGGUGCAGGAGAGUUUUGGUGUGCCUGCAUGAUAACCCUACGACAAGCAUUUUGCGACGCUGCUUUAACCAUUUCUAUGUGCUUUUAUCGCUUUACGGAUGACCCUAUAGUCCAUACAAGUACCCGAAAAAGAGAAUCAAUGGUUUUAGUAUAUAUAUUUUGAAUUGUCAUGCCGCUACUUUGUGGUAUUGGAGUCAAUCGGAAGGCUGUUGUGAAUAUUGUUGUUUCCCACAUCACCAUAAUACGUUUAGGAAAUAACAUGGAUGAUGCUUCUGAACCUUAA